AUGCCUCUCGAGACAAUAUACGUCGUCCGUCAUGGGUUCCGGUCUAGUUGGUCCGUCGACCACACCACAGGAGUGUAUUCAGCUUCGAUCCCAUCACCAACAGGAAUCGCUGUGGACCCGGCCCUCACCGCCCACGGAGUCGAUCAGUCGAGGCAGCUUGCCCAGCAUCUCAUGACGGUAGACCCCCCCGUGGAGGUUGUGUAUUCGAGCCCCUACUACCGCUGCCUCCAGACCAUCACCCCCUUUGUCGAGCUCCAGCAGGAAAAGCAGCAUCAUGGCCAGAGGACGAGUGCCGGCAGUGACGCCCCCUCUGCCGCCACCAUCAUACGGCCUGAACACGGAAUCUGCGAGUGGUUCGGGUCCGCUCCGUUUGAGCAUCCCGGCCCAGCCUCACCCUCAGUUCUGAAAUCCUUGUUCCCUGCCUUUGACGAGAGCUACGUGUCGGCCCAGCAUCCUCCCAAGAGGGGCGAGACGCUGGCCCAGCUGCAGGCCAGGCUUACGGCCACGAUGCAGAGUAUCAUUGAUCGCUGCGACGCUGAAGAUAGACGAGCCGUUGUGCUGUGCACUCAUGCCGCAGUCGUCAUCAUGUUGGGCCGCAUCCUGACGGGUGACUUCCCAGAGACUGUGGAUGCCGAUGACUUCCGUGCCUUUACCUGUGGACUGAGUGUCUACCGCCGGAGACUUAACAAUCGAGAUGAAGGACUGCGAGAAAAGGGGGAUUUGCCUGACAAAGAGCCCAACCCUAGUGCUGCUGCUGCUGUUGGAGGUUGGUCAUGUGAGGCCAACAGUGACUGCAGAUUCUUGAUCAACGGCGAAGAGCGAGGCUGGAAGUUCGUAGGAGACGAGGAGUUUCCAGACACAGGCUCCAUGUCUCAAGGUGCAUCUGAGUCUAAGCUGUAA